AUGGUUGACGUCGACCGGAGGAUGACCGGUCUGAACCCGGCUCACAUAGCCGGCCUCCGCCGUCUCUCCGCCCGAGCCGCCGCGGGACCACCAACCCCCUCCUCAACAGCCACCGCAACAACCCUUCCUAUACGAAACGGCCUUCUCUCGUUCUCUUCUUUGGCCGAGAACGUGACGUCCCACCUCAAAAGCUCCGGUAUCCAGGUCCAGCCGGGUCUAUCUGAAUCCGAGUUCGCCCGAGCCGAAGCGGAGUUCGGGUUCGCAUUCCCGCCAGACCUCAAAGCCAUUCUCUCGGCUGGGUUGCCGGUGGGCCCGGGCUUCCCGGACUGGCGUGCCGCCGGUGCUCGUCUCCAUCUCAAGGCUUCGCUUGACCUUCCGAUCGCGGCGAUUUCGUUCCAAAUCGCUCGGAACACCCUCUGGUCCAAGUCUUGGGGCCCGAGACCGUCCGACCCCGAAAAGGCUUUGCGGGUCGCGCGAACCGCUUUGAAGAGGGCUCCGCUUCUGAUACCCAUCUUCAACCAUUGCUACAUUCCUUGCAACCCUUGUUUGGCUGGGAACCCCAUAUUUUUCGUCGAUGAGAACCGGAUCUUCUGUUGCGGGUUGGAUCUAUCCGAUUUCUUCGAGCGCGAGUCUUUGUUUCGAAAAUCGGACUCCGACCCGUAUAUUCUCAAGAAGCAAAGGUCGGUGAGCGAAAAAUCGGCCGGGUCGUCGACUAAUUUCUCGCGAAGGAGCCUGGAUACGGGUUUCGGGUCCGGAGGUAAAACACCGAGAUGGGUCGAGUUCUGGAGCGACGCCGCCGUGGAUCGUCGCCGGAGGAACUCAAACUCGUCGUCAUCGUCGUCCUCGUCGCCGGAGCGGUUCUUUGAUAUGCCAUCGAGGUCCGAAAUUCCGAAAUGGGUGGACGAGUACAUUGAUCAAAUCGGGUCCGCUUUGCGACGCGGCGGAUGGAGCGACUCCGAUAUAUCGGACAUGGUCUCGGUAUCGGCGUCUGGGUUUUUCGAGGGAGAGAUGGUGAUGCUGGACAACCAAGCGGUACUCGACGCUCUGCUCCUCAAAGCGGAUCGGUUCUCGGAUUCGCUCCGAAAAGCCGGGUGGAGCUCCGAGGAAGUGUCGGAUGCUUUGGGGUUUAAUUUUCGACCCGAGAAGGAGAAGAAACCGGCUAAGAAGCUGUCUCCGGAGCUCGUGGAAAGAAUAGGGAAACUGGCUGAAUCCGUUUCCCGGUAA